UUUUAGUCGGUUUCAGACUCAGAUAUAAGGCGGCCCAUCUGGUAACAUCUGAUCAUAACACACGACCACCAAGAUGUGUGAUGAAGAUGCAUGUGCGCUCGUGUGCGACAAUGGCUCCGGCCUCUGCAAGGCUGGCUUCGCCGGAGACGACGCCCCUCGUGCCGUCUUCCCCUCCAUCGUCGGUCGCCCCCGUCACCAGGGUGUGAUGGUCGGCAUGGGUCAGAAGGAUGCCUACGUAGGCGAUGAGGCCCAGAGCAAGAGAGGUAUCCUCACUCUCAAGUACCCCAUUGAGCACGGUAUCAUCACCAACUGGGACGAUAUGGAGAAGAUCUGGCAUCAUACCUUCUACAACGAACUCCGUGUUGCCCCUGAGGAGUCCCCCACACUUCUCACUGAAGCUCCCCUCAACCCCAAGGCCAACCGUGAGAAGAUGACUCAGAUCAUGUUCGAGACUUUCACCAUGCCUGCUAUGUACGUUGCCAUCCAGGCCGUGCUUUCCCUGUACGCCUCUGGUCGUACCACUGGUCUUGUAUGCGACUCUGGAGAUGGUGUGACUCACAUGGUCCCUGUAUACGAAGGUUAUGCCCUUCCUCAUGCUAUCCUCCGUCUCGAUCUUGCUGGCCGUGACCUGACCGCUUACCUAAUGAAGAUCAUGACUGAGCGUGGCUACUCCUUCACCACCACCGCUGAGCGUGAAAUCGUUCGCGACAUCAAGGAGAAGCUUUGUUAUAUCGCCCUUGACUUCGAGAGUGAGAUGAACGUUGCUGCUGCUUCCUCCUCCAUUGAUAAGUCGUACGAGCUUCCCGACGGUCAGGUCAUCACCAUCGGUAACGAGCGCUUCCGUGCCCCUGAGUCUCUGUUCCAGCCUUCCUUCCUGGGUAUGGAAUCUUCCGGAGUCCACGAAACCGUCCAUUGUUCUAUCAUGAGGUGCGACAUUGACAUCAGGAAAGAUCUGUUCGCCAACAUUGUCAUGUCUGGCGGAACCACCAUGUACCCUGGUAUUGCUGACCGCAUGCAGAAGGAAAUUACAAACUUGGCCCCUUCCACCAUUAAGAUCAAGAUCAUUGCUCCUCCUGAGCGCAAAUACUCCGUGUGGAUCGGUGGUUCCAUCCUGGCUUCCCUGUCUACCUUCCAAGCCAUGUGGAUCACUAAAGAAGAAUAUGAAGAAUCUGGACCCGGCAUUGUCCAUCGAAAAUGUUUCUAAAAGUGCAUGUUCUUUUGUACUUGGAACUUUGAAUGAUUCUCUUCAACCAUUCAUGUUAUAAAAUAUAUUGUACAUAUAUAUUGCGAAGACAUAUAUUUCAUCCUGCAUAUUGAAUUUAAAAAUGCAUAACAAAGUUUUGCUGGGAAAAACACGCUCUAUAUUUAGUAUAUUAACCUUGUUAUAAGGGUAUGUUACUAUAUAUAGCCAUGGUCAUAAACGCUUCGUAUACGUACCGGAUAUAGAUAUAAUAACCUACAUAUCACGUGCAGUGUACGGGUCCACAAUACACCCUUUGGAGAUUACUUUUCAUUGAAUUUUAUUGAAUAAACAAAUUUACAAGACA